AUGCCUCCGCCUGAGGCGUCGCCGCCGCCACCAAUCUCCCUUUCGCGCCUCCUCGGCGGCCAUCUCGAGGCGUGGGCCGCGAGCGACGUGCUCUCUCCGUCUGCGUGCGAGCUGAUUCUCUCCGCAGUGCGCUCGGCGCCUGCCGACGUGGACCACCGCCACCUGCCGCUCGAGACGCUCGACGGCGGAGCGCACCUCCCGACGGCGCAGCGGGUAGUCGAGCGGCUACGUGCCGUCAGCGCGUAUCACGCCGAGCUCCGGCUGCAGCGCGCUUUCUGCGUCCGGUACAGCGGCGAGGGCGACGGUCACGCCGCGCACCGCGACCCGUGCGCCUUCACAGUCAACGUCGCGCUCACGCCCGCGGCUGACUUUGCGGGCGGCGACCUCGCGUUCCACCCGUCCGAGCGGGCCGACGCGAGCCACUCCGUCGGGCACGAGCUCGGCGGCGCGAUUCUGCACGCUGGCGCCGCCCGCCACAGCGCUGUGCCUCUGAGCUGCGGUGAGCGGUGCAACCUCAUCCUCUGGCUCGACCGCGCUCCCACCGCCUCUAUCUGGUCCGCGAUGCCUCCGGCGCUGCAGGCGCGCUGCCUGCGGCUUCUCGACCUCAGCUCGCUCUCUCGCUUCGCGGCCGCGUCACGCAGCUGCGCCGAAGACGCGGCCGCUGCUCCGCAGUGGGCGUCACUCCGCCGCGCUCUCGAGCCGCCGCGCACGUUGCUGGCGCGAGUCUGGGGCUGCGCCGAGUGCACCGACGCCCUCGGAGGUGUCUCGGAGGAGGAGGCUCGGAGGCGCCUCGCGGCGGAGCCGGAGGAGGCCCGGCACGUCCCCACACCGCUGCCCCUGUCCCUCGCCGCCCUCGCCGCGCUCCAUGCCCUGGCCGCCGCCGUCGACGCGCUUCAGCGGCCACAGCGGGCGGCGCCAGAAGACCUGGACUUGGCCGAGGCGCGCCGCGUCGCUGCUCGCUCGCGCGUCGCGUCGCGGGUUGCUGCGGCGGUCGCGGCGGCAGAAGCGGCGGAGCGCGGGAGCGGAGCGCGGGAGGCAGCAGCACAGGAGAGAGGGACGAUCGUGUUUGACGUGGGGAGGGGUGAGUAG